AUGCUUUCAGAUUUAUAAAAAAUAUCUUCACUUUUGUUGAUCAAUAAAGUUAAAAAUUGUUUACCAAUAUCAAUAAAGCACAAUAUUUAAUGCAAGAUUCCACGAAAAGCAAAAGGGAAACAGGAAAUGACAAAAGAACAAAUGAAAACAAGUAUUAAUAAUUUAAUUGAUAACCUCAAUUAAAAAAUAGAAUAUCUUAAACAAUCAGAUAUUAAUGAAUUUAAAAUUAUUGAAAUCGAGUUGUAAUCAUUUAAAAUUGAAUUAAUUUUUUAUAAAAAACUUCCAUACAGCUAUUGCGAAGAACAAUGCACAAAGAAAUCUUCAAUAUUUGAAGACAUUAAAUGGUUAGAAUUAAAGGAUUUAGACUAUUAUUGUUUGAGAUGUUGCAAGAUUUCUCAUGCUAAACAUUUCGAAAAAGAUUAUUUAGUGGUAUAUGAGAAUUUGAAAAAAGAAUAGAAAAUAAAAUAAAAAUUGUUAGUAAAUUAAAAAGAAAAAUGA